AGCGCGCACGCAAGGAGGGAGGAGAGGGAGGAGCACAUCCUAAUGCAGAGAUGCUGCAGUGGCUUCGGGCGCACACAGCCACGCUCGGGCAGGCAGCACCAAGCUCUGCCUCGCAGCAGAGGCUCCAGCGGCAGCGGGGCCCCGCUCUCCCCCAGCUCAUGCACAAGCAGAGGGCCCGCAUGAGGGCUGCUGUCCCCGCUCACCCAUAGAGACGCGGCCACGGGGCCAUAACCCGGCCGGAGGCGCAGGAUGGGAGGCACCGCGGGAUUUGUCUGCACGUCCCUGGCUGUCGUCACCUGCGUGGUUUGGUGCCAAGCCCAGAGCAGCACCAGGACCUACGGGCCCGUGUUCGAGGAGCAGCCUGCCCACACCCUCUUUCCUGAAGGCUCAGCGGAAGAGAAAGUGACGAUGGCUUGUCGAGCAAGAGCCAGUCCUCCUGCGACCUACAGGUGGAAGAUGAACGGCACGGAGCUGAAGAUGGAGCCCGAUUCCCGUUACCGGCUGGUUGCAGGCGACCUGGUGAUAAGCAACCCCGUAAAAGCCAAGGACGCUGGCUCCUACCAGUGCGUGGCGUCGAACUCCAGGGGCACGGUGGUGAGCAGGGAAGCCUCCCUCCGCUUUGGCUUUCUGCAGGAAUUCUCUGCCGAAGAGCGAGACCCCGUGAAGAUUACGGAAGGCUGGGGAGUGAUGUUCGCCUGCAGCCCCCCUCCCCAUUACCCAGGCCUGUCCUACCGAUGGCUUCUGAACGAGUUUCCCAACUUCAUCCCAGCCGACGGGAGGCGUUUCGUCUCUCAGACCACGGGAAACCUUUACAUUGCCAAGACGGAGGCUUCCGACCUGGGGAACUACUCGUGCUUCGCCACCAGCCACAUCGACUUCAUCACCAAGAGCGUUUUCAGCAAGUUCUCCCGGCUCAGCCUGGCGGCAGAGGAUGCCAGGCAGUAUGCGCCCAGCAUAAAGGCCAGGUUUCCCGCAGACACCUACGCUCUGGCCGGGCAGAUGGUGACUUUGGAGUGCUUUGCCUUUGGAAACCCCGUUCCUCGGAUAAAGUGGAGGAAGCUGGAUGGUUCGCAGGCCUCCAAGUGGAUCUCCAGCGAGCCCCUCCUGCAGAUCCAGGACGUUGGCUUUGAGGAUGAAGGCACUUACGAGUGUGAGGCUGAAAACAUCAAAGGGAGGGACACCUACCAGGGCCGCAUCAUCAUUCAAGCUCAGCCGGAGUGGCUGAAGGUGAUCACGGACACGGAAGCCGACAUCGGGUCCGACCUGCGCUGGAGCUGCGCGGCAGCUGGCAAACCCCGUCCGGCGGUGCGCUGGCUGCGGGACGGGCAGCCGCUCACCUCCCAGAACCGCAUCGAAGUGAGCGGUGGAGAGCUGAGAUUUUCCAAGCUAGUCCUGGAGGACUCUGGCAUGUAUCAGUGCGUGGCUGAGAACAAGCAUGGCACAGUGUAUGCAAGUGCUGAAUUAACAGUGCAAGCCUUAGCACCAGAUUUUAGACUAAACCCAGUGAAACGACUGAUACCUGCAGCCCGAAGCGGGAAGGUCAUCAUCCCAUGCCAGCCAAGAGCAGCACCAAAAGCCACUGUGCUCUGGACCAAAGGGACUGAACUUCUGAUCAACAGUAGCAGGGUGACUAUUACCACAGAUGGCACCUUGAUCCUGCAGAACAUAAGCAAAUCCGAUGAGGGGAAGUAUACCUGCUUUGCUGAGAAUUUCAUGGGCAAAGCCAACAGCACGGGAAUCCUCUCCGUUCGAGAUGCCACCAAAAUCACGUUGGCACCAUCCAGCGCCGACAUCAACGUCGGUGAGAACCUUACCCUGCAAUGCCACGCGUCCCACGAUCCAACCAUGGACUUGACUUUCACCUGGUCGCUAGAUGAUUUUCCCAUUGACUUUGACAAGUCGGAGGGGCACUACCGGCGUGCCAGCGUGAAGGAAGCUGUCGGGGACCUCACCAUCCUCAACACCCAGCUGAAGCACUCGGGGCGGUACACGUGUACAGCCCAGACGGUCGUGGACAGCGCUUCGGAGUCAGCCACGCUGACUGUCAGAGGACCUCCAGGUCCCCCCGGGGGCGUGGUGGUGAGAGACAUCGGUGACACCAGCGUCCAGCUGAGCUGGAGCCGCGGCUUUGACAACCACAGCCCCAUCGCCAGGUACCUCAUCGAGGCGCGGACCCUGCUCUCCAACAAGUGGAAGCAGAUGCGCACCAAUCCUGUGAAUAUUGAAGGCAACGCCGAGACAGCCCAGGUGGUGAACCUCAUCCCUUGGAUGGAUUACGAGUUUCGGGUCUUAGCAAGCAACAUUCUUGGAGUCGGGGAGCCAAGCUUACCCUCCAGCAAAAUCCGUACCAAAGAAGCAGCACCCACUGUGGCACCAUCUGGGCUCGGCGGCGGUGGAGGGGCUCCCAACGAGCUUAUCAUCAACUGGACGCCCACGCUACGGGACUACCAGAACGGGGACGGCUUCGGCUACAUCUUGUCCUUUCGCAAGAAGGGCACCCAGGGGUGGCUCACCGCACGGGUGCCUCACGCAGAGUCCCUGCACUACGUGUACCACAACGAGAGCAUCGGGCCCUACACCCCCUUCGAAGUGAAGAUCAAAGCAUACAACAGGAAAGGAGAGGGCCCGGAGAGCCUCACUGCCAUCGUGUACUCUGCAGAAGAAGAACCCAAAGUGGCUCCGUUCAGAGUUACGGCCAAGGCUGUUCUGUCCUCAGAAAUGGACGUGUCCUGGGAGCCGGUGGAGCAGGGAGACAUGACCGGGGUGCUUCUGGGCUACGAGAUCCGGUACUGGAAGGAUGGGGACAAGGAGGAGGCAGCUGACAGAGUGCGAACAGCCGGGCUGGUCACAUCAGCUCACGUAACUGGCCUAAACCCCAACACGAAAUACCACGUCUCGGUCAGAGCUUACAACCGUGCUGGGACCGGGCCCCCCAGCCCCUCUACCAACGUCACGACCACGAAGCCACCACCGAGGAGGCCACCUGGCAACAUCUCCUGGACUUUUUCGGGGUCUACGGUCAGCAUCAAGUGGGACCCCGUGGUGGCACACGCGGACGAGUCUGCGGUUACGGGGUACAAGAUGCUCUACCGGCAGGACUCCCACUCCGCUCCCACGCUGUACCUGGCCAGCAAGAGCCGGAUCGACAUCCCGGUCCCUGAAGACUUCACUCACGCCUUCGUGCAGAUCCGGGUGACGGGGCCCGGGGGAGACGGGAUCCCCGCCGAAGUUCACAUCCUCCGGAACAGUGGGACGAGUAUGAUGGUGGAGGACGCUGUGACGAGGCCGGUGCCGCACGCUGCCAUCGUCACCAACUCGCUCGUAAUGCUGGCCCUGACCGGCUUCCUGCAGCUCUGAUGGUGGCCAGCGCAGCCGAGGACUCCCGGACGCGUUUCCUCCCAAGGCAGCGGGGAACUGCUCAAUAUUCGGCUGCUGCAACUUCACGUGUGCCACAGCAGCUUCGCAGAGAAAGGAUUUGACAACGAUGUUUUAAGGGAGGAAGAACAGAAACGGCUUUUUUUUUUUUUUCUUUGGAAGAACUCAAGAUUUCGUACAAGACAUGGGUCUUUAACCAAGCAAAGUUUUUUUAAAGAACUGAGUAAAACAAGGAAUUCUACACGAAUUCUGACAGCCAACUGCCCCACACACUGUAUCGAGUAGGUUUUCUGCCUUAUGAAGCCAUGUACUAAAAUACUCAGACUGCUAAACUUGACUUUUUUUUAAUACGUACAGUGUAUUGGUGGGAGGGGAGGGGAGGACGGGCACUGAGGAUUGCAAAGCGAAGUGCAGGAUUUCAGCAUGUUCCACACCAAUCCCAACCACAGCCAUUUCCAGUGAAUUAGGGGAUGGGAUAAUUUCCCCUGUAAUAGGAGCCAAAUUCUGCAGCAACCAGCCCAAGGAGAUAAAGCCACGAGAGCAAUCGAGCUCAGCCCCAUCCUGAGGAGAUGGGAGAACGCAGAGGUUAGAUGGUGAAAGUCUUUUUUAUGCCACUGGUGUUAACUUGCAGCCCCAGCCUACUGUUUGUAUCGACUGCCAUGCUGUGAGGUGCAAUGCUCAAUGUUAUCCAUAUCCCACGUGCUUUUGGGGGUGUUUCUGUUCUGUUGUUUGCUUCUUGCCUUUUUGUUUGGGGAGGAGAAGGGGUAAGUCAAAGAGGUACUUUUCCAGCACCCAGCGGUUUGGGGAGACAGAGCUGCUGCAUACAGAAGACUUCAACAUAUUUAAUUUCAACGCGGAGAGGAUCCUAAAGAAGGAAGAGGAAGGAAUACUGCAUAACGUAACAGAGCUGGAGACUCACGCCAACGCUGAGGCAACGCAGAAAAUCUGGAGCUCCAGCCUGGAUACGGCACCUGGCUGCCAGGUCCAAGCUCACACAGCCACCGUACGUGGGGGGACUGACACCCCCAAGGUGUACAGGGAUGCUGGGGUGCCCCGCUAACUGAAACGGCCGGAAAGUGUUCUUGCCUGUGAAAAUCCCACGCCACGGGGACGGCCUGACACGCAGCUCCUACGCUAGCUGCCAACUCCUUGCUCCAGCUAAUCGUUUCAAACCUAACGUGUCCUAGGCUUCAGCGAGCAUGUAAGAGAUUACACGCGUAAAGCCCCGGCCUCCCGGAGGAGCUAGCCCUAGAGCACGUACCCACGGCAUCCCACAACAGUUUUGUCACACCAGGCCUACCCUGGAAGCGAGGAGGUAAACGCUCCGGGAGGGUCGGGGUGUGCAGCGCCAACAGCAAGGUCCGGAGCGAGGAAGGUAGGGCCCCAGGGGCUUAGGGAGCAAGAGAAACGUUUUAAGAAAAAAAAGCAAGGAAAAAAUAAACUUAAUAAAUAGAAUAAGCAUUUAGAGGACAGUUACAGCAAAAAGAAAGGGCACUCCAGUUUCCCUUAUAGACAAGGCCUUGAAUAACGUCCAAGAACCCCAAAACCGUGCUGGGCCGAGGCAGGCAGUGAAGGCAGGGACCCUGCACCCCCCGAGCCUGCCCACAGCCUCCACCUUGCUCUGCAGCUCUCCAUCAAGAACCCCCUCGGUCCCUCUGGCAGGUUUAAACAUUUUUUAAGCACAACAUAUUUUUGUAUGAUCUAAGUUCUUGAAGACUUUAAAAUAUUUCUGUUGGCAUUCGGAAGUUUUUAUUUGUUGGUAAAAUGUUUUUGUUGUUAGUUCCGCAUUUUGGUUACCACCCCCAUCCAUCCUGCUGGGCUUUCAACCUCUCUUCCACAAAAGAUGGGACGAAAGGAAAAUGAGGAAUUCAGGGUUAGCUCAAAAGCAAAUUAGGGCCUGGGCAUCAGUGACCUGACCGAGAUGCAGCACUAGUGGUAGCCACGAGGAAAAUGUUUAGGAGGCAUAAUCUAACGGGACCUACGGAGCUUCAAAGCACUGCAGAACGAUUCCCCUGGCAGCCCUGCAGAGCAUGGGCCCGGUUUGGGAGAAAAGCAAAUGAAAGAAGAAAACUGAAGUGAUGAAGUGAUGUGCCCAAAGGGUCUUCACCGCACCAAGAUGCAGAGGCUGGAGGCACUCCGGGUGGAUCCCGGGGAGCGCCCAGCACCGCAGGCUGGGGCCAGAAUCAAAGCCCUCAUCCCAAAGACAUCUUCUGUGCUCCUCGGGAGGAAUCGCCGAGCUGGAGGAGCUGCUUUGGUGCACGGCUGCAGUCAGAAGGUCCCCUCCGGUUCUGGGCACAGCGAGAGCAGCUGUGAUGCCCCGCGCUGCCUGCUUACCCACGGGCACAGCUGAGCUCCCUCAGAGGUGCACGCUUGGCACCCGCGGGGCAAACGAACGUGCCUGGAUGGACGAACUCACACAAGUCCACAAAGCCAAGCUAAAUACUGCCGUGAGGUUCAAGGACGGAGGUUCAGCAUCAGCCUAGGUGCAACCACACGGGCUGUGCGAUGUCUCUGACACGAACCUGGCCUCAACAGGUGCUUCCAAACGUCUCUGGCAAUACCGCUGGCUCUGUCUGUUGUAUUUAACUUUACGGUGUUGGAAAACAAGAUGAUUGAUAGCGUGGUGAAAACAGCAUAAAAAAUGCUGCAGUGCCACGGGGUUUGAAGUAGCAGCUACCUGCACCAGUUCCCUGGGAAGGUGAAUACAUCUUCCAUGGUUAUUUGUUAAACCAGACCACAGGCACAUCUUAUAUAAGAGGAAAGCUUCGUGAGUUGGACUUCAAAUGUUGCAGUUAGCACUGUCCUGCAUUGCAAAUGGGCCGAAUAUAUUCGAGUACGUAAAUUCACGGACCAGUAUUACCUAAAGCCUGUAAGUAACACAUAGGUCCCCUUCAGAGUUAAAGGUUCUCAAUUUGCAUUCAAAUAUGCCUCUUUUUUUGACAAGGUAAGUACAGACAGCCUCCUCAGUAUGCAUUUGAAACCAAAAUGGUGAGCUUUUGCAGUGUUUUAAGGAUCACACACAGAAGCAAAAGUUAUGGCCUAGAGCCAGCCCCAAGAGCAUCCCAACCACCUGCUCGAACCCCAGCUCUGACGCUCUGUUCUCCGUCCACUGCUCCAAGCAAUUCUCUCUCCGCUUGCUGCCUCAGUUUCCCUUCCCGAAAAGGGAGGCUCGAGCAGGUCACCGUGCAUCUGCAAGCUCCUUGCUGUUUGCACGUUUCUGUGUGUUCACGCCCCUGCCACAGGUGUGAUCAGAGCAGAGGGUGUCAGAGCUGACUGAAACCGCCCAGCUCAGGCACCAGGAACAUUUCAGCGAGGUGGGACAGCCACUGCCAAACCCCGGGGGCAAACCUGUCCCUGUCACCAUGCCGGCCACUACCUAACCCAGCCAGCCACUGCCCAGCUGACCCCAGCACCUCCCGAGCAUUAUCACAAACUCCAGGACCUGUGCACGGUCACGGGGCAGUCUCUGCCCCACGGACACUUGGAGGGAUUUGCUGAUACUCCCAAGACGAGCCAGCAGCAUGCCACAGAGCGCCGCAGGUGAGCCCAGGGGCACACGCUGGGUGAAGGACAGGAGCGGGAGGGGACAGUGAAGGUUUUCCACCUGCAGGGAGAGGCCAAAUUCAGGCCAGGGCAGUUGCAGGCUAACCCCCCCCCCUCCAGGCCAGACAGCUCAGUUUUUGUACAUAGACACAACCACGUUCUGACCAUGUUUUUCUGCUUUACUCAUCAGGGGUUAGGGACAUUCAGAGAAGGAUUUGCACACACCCCUAUCCAUUUAGCACGGGGCAGCCAAGGCAGCGUUUGUACCUAGUUAAACUUUAUCCAGGCUAUAAAAAAAAAUCCCUACCUAUAAAUCCCAACCAAAGCCAUCAAGAGGAGAAAAAGAUGUGAAAAACUUCCUGAGACACCGAGCUCCCUAAAACGCAGCACAGGGGUUAAAAGGAAAGGUGUUCGGAGCCAGGGGAGAAAACUUAGACUUCAACAUCUUAACUGAGUUCAUUGGAUUUACACCAUCGCAUUAAGCUGCAAAUCAAUUUCCUGUCUCAUUAAGAAUCCCCUACAUGUAAUUGCUCGGAGCAUUUACUUUAGGGAUUACCGUGCAGGGAUGAGUUAAGUGCCUGCUUUCUGCUCUCAGCACUGCGCUGGCUCACUAAGGAAAGUCAUCUCGUUUCACAGGGUCCGCCUUACUUCUUGGCAGCAGUACCAACCUCACGAGGAUGCUGCGAGGAGUAAAGCAACACGGGUGAAGUGCUUUGAGCCUCCCAAACGAGAGGAGCUAACGAGUUCUGAUUUAUUUGUAUUUAACACACAAUAAUCUACCUGAUGCUACUGAAGUCACAGACUUUGUGGUUUGAGGUUUUCUGGGCUAAAUUCAGCACUGGGCUAUAGGGCUUUGAAUCAGGAACAGCUCAGAUGUAGCUCAGGAUAGAUUAAAUGUUGUGCCCAGAACGGGAGAUGCUCCAUGCCUUUCAUGCCUUCACUCGCGUCAGAUAAUGCCUGGGGGUUCUGAACCUCACCGGCUCUGAGCGUGCAAAGCUUUCCCCCAUCCGCACGAGCCCUCUGCUGCGAAUGUUUUAAUCCAACGCCACUGAACGCGGGCAGGGCAGCUUUCUGCUCCAUAACUUUGUUGUACGCUAUUUUUUUAAGAAAAAAAACAAAGGGGAAAGGUUGUAAGCAUACUGUAUUUACUGUCAUUAUGGUUAUUCAUUGGCUACGGUAGCAAGCAGUUCAUAAAUAAAAACCUUCACAGCCUUUAGACAGC